AUGUAUUCUAUGCCGGAUUUUGAGUGCAUGUUGAAACGGUUGCUUCAGAGGGUCGUAGCACUGAUGACGAAAACUGUAGAUGUUGCGGAGUCAAAAGCUGAAUCAGUUUUGCAUUCGGUUCAUUCUGGACAAGUCAAGAAAGCACAAACUGGGGCUCAUGACGGCGAGACUAAAAUCCGCAUAAAAAAGGCUAAAUAUGCUAUGUUGUUGGCUUACCAGGGAAGGGAAUACUUUGGGAUGCAGAUACAAAAGGGUCAUCCUACAGUUGAAGGUAAACUGAUUGAUGCAAUGCACAAGUUGGGCUGGAUUACCGAGCAAAUGAAAGAACAGCCUGCACUGUUUCAUUUCCAAAGGGCUGCACGCACGGAUCGCGCCGUCUCUGCAGUUAGGCAGAUAUGUGGUAUGGAACUCCCAAAACGUGACGAUUAUCCUUCUACUGGUGCUAAUGAACUAAAUAAUAUCCUCCCAAAUGAUAUACGGGUUAUAGGUAUGCGUCGUGCAACAAAUGCGUUUCAUCCUCAGAAACAGUGCUGCGCUCGAACGUAUAGCUACACUUUACCAACAUUUGCGUUUGCAAAACCCACAGAGCUUACAAAUACGGCGUUUCGAAUAAAGAAGGAGACAUUAGAUGAGGUGCGAGAUCUACUCAGUAUAUACAAAGGCACACAUAAUUUUUUCAACUACACAUCAAGGAGGGAUUUUGAUGAUCGCAGUUGUCAUCGCUAUAUAUUGUCGUUCGACUGUGGAGAGCCAUUUUUAUAUCACGACGACUUCCGCAAUGAGGAUGUAGAAUUUGUUCAGCUUACUGUGAAAGGACAGAGUUUUGUUCUGCAUCAAAUACGAAAAAUGGUCGGAAUGGUUAUCACCGUAGUUCGGGAGUUUCAGUAUAAAAGCUACAUUCAAAGGACGUUUGAGAGUGAGCGGGUGGACGUUCCCAAGGCACCAGGUCUCGGACUUCUAUUGGAAAGAGUUCACUACGAUUUCUAUGACAAAAGGCAUGCAAAAACGCACGAGCCGCUGACCGAUUGGGGACCCGAAGUAGAAGAACGCAUCAGCAAAGUGAAGUUUGAUCUCAUCACGAAGGAGAUACUCGAAACAGAGCUGCGUCAUCAGUCGAUGUUGCAGUGGCUAGCAGAUCUUGUACAUCAUGAUUUUUGUGCUGAUCCUGAGGCAGAAGAACCUCCGAAGCAAACAUUUCUUACAAUGGCUGUUGGAAAAGCUGAAGAGGCAGCCAGAGAAGAAAAGGCAAAGUUAGCAGAGGAUGCUGCCAUUAAGGACGAAAGUGGUGAUGUCUUACAUAGUUCUAAUAAUGAGGUUACGCUUGACAUCAUUGUUACGGCGGAGUCAAAUACAGAUCAAGUAACAUCUACACUUACUACCGUCAGUCAACCCUGAUUCUGCAUCUGAGGAUAUUUGCCUUGAUAAGGAAUUCUCGACAGUGUCACAUCUCUAGCCCCCAGUCCUCGUGACCUCGCUCACGCCUUACGCGUUCGGGC